GUUUUGCUACACAAAUGAACAAAAAAAUGGUGAAAUGCCUUGACAUUUGGAGGGUUACUUAUUGUACCCUCUGAAUUAAAAUAGUAGUACAGUCAAAAAUGCUAACACCGCUUAACAAUGAAUGAUGAUAAAUAUGCAGACAUCAUGCUCAGUGUCCUAUCUGCUGUCUAUUUGUUGUCCAACACAUUAGCAUGGUUGGUCGAGGUGGUUCUUUAACCAAAUUACUUAAACCCUUUGGCUUUGAACGACAUUGAAAUCUCCUCCUGUUCUCGUUUGGUGAAAGUGUCUUGUCUGGUCGCAUUUCUGUUUGAUGUUGGUGUAAACAGGUUUGAUGGGGAUGAGUGUGUCUGCCACUGCAGAGAUGCAGCUGGGUGAUGGAGGGUUUUGACACUAAUUCCGAAACGGUGUGGGAUGCUAGAGUUGUGUCAACUGAGAUUACACGUGAGGGCCCACACCAUCAAAGGCCCUGUCUGCAGGCGUUAGACUGACAAAGCCAUUUUUCCUCAUGGGCUGCUCUAGAAGUAUCGGUUUUGAAGUACUGAUGUCUAUCAGGGAUUGUCGUAGAACUGGGCUGGGCAACAACUUGCUCGUGUGCCUUUGUUUGUAUCUCAAAGCGACCUCUGCUCAUGAUCUUGAUAGCGAAGAAACUUUCGGAAGAGGCUUUCAUCUCAGCGGGACAGUAACAGAACCGGCCACGCCAUCUGAGCCAGAGGUGGUGUGUAGUGUGGCCAUCAGCUUCGACCGCUGCAAGAUCACUUCGGUGACGUGCGGCUGUGGCAACAAGGACAUCUUCUACUGUGCCCAUGUGGUGGCACUCUCUUUGUACCGUGUACGGCGGCCCGAACAGGUCAAACUGCACCUGCCCAUAUCAGAGACACUCUUCCAAAUGAACCGCGACCAGCUGCAGAAGUUCGUACAGUACCUCAUCACCGUCCACCACACAGAGGUGCUGCCAACAGCCCAGAAACUGGCUGACGAAAUCCUGUCACAGAACUCCGAGAUCAACCAAGUACAUGGGGCACCAGACCCCACGGCAGGGGCCAGCGUGGACGAUGAGAACUGCUGGCAUCUGGACGAGGAGCAGGUCCAGGAGCAGGUCAAACUCUUUCUGUCCCAGGGGGGCUACCACGGCUCGGGGAAGCAGCUCAACCUCCUUUUCUCCAAGGUUCGGGAGAUGCUAAAGAUGCGGGACUCGAAUGGGGCACGCAUGCUGACAUUGAUCACAGAGCAGUUCAUGGCUGACCCGCGGCUUGCUCUGUGGAGGCAGCAGGGCACCACCAUGACAGACAAAUACCGUCAGCUCUGGGACGAACUGGGUGCCUUGUGGAUGUGCAUCGUGCUGAAUCCUCACUGCAAGGCCGAGCAGAAGGCUGCCUGGCUCCGGCAGCUCAAGAAGUGGAACGGCGUGGACGUGUGCCCCUGGGAGGACGGUAACCACGGCAACGAGCUGCCCAAUUUAACCAACGCUUUGCCUCAGGGUGCACACGGCAACCAAGAUUCAGGCACCCGGCCACACCGGACAGUGUUCACGCGGGCCAUCGAGGCGUGCGAUCUCCACUGGCAGGACAGCCACUUGCAGCACAUUAUCAGCGACGACCUCUAUACCAACUACUGUUACCAUGACAACACUGAAAAUUCGCUCUUUGACUCCCGCGGUUGGCCCUUGUGGCACGAGCACGUCCCAACAGCCUGCGCCAGGGUGGAUGCACUGAGGUCCCACGGUUACCCGCGGGAGGCACUGCGACUGGCCAUCGCCAUUGUUAACACCCUGCGCCGGCAGCAGCAGAAGCAGCUGGAGCUCUUCCGGAACCACAAGAAAGACCUGCUUCAUAAAGGGAUGACCUCCAUCACUAAUCUGGAGGGGUGGGUGGGUCACCCAUUGGACCCCAUUGGGACCCUCUUCAGCACCCUGAUGGAGACGGGGCGGAGCGAUGAGGAGAGCUCACAGGGGGGCUUUCUGGACUUCUCAGGCACGAUGAGCUCCAGUAAGCAUGCGGAUCUGCACCUGUUUCCCUCGGCGCGGCGCUUUCUGGAGGAGGGCGAGUCCUACCUGGCCCUGGCGGUGGAGACGGCUCUGAUGGGGUUGGGUCAGCAGAGGAUCAUGCCUGACGGCCUGUACGCCCAGGAGAAGGUCUGCCGCAACGAGGAGCACCUCAUCGCCAAGCUGCAGGAGGUGGAGCUGGACGACUCGCUCAUCAAAAUCUUCCGCAAGCAAGCUGUCUUCCUGCUAGAGGGUGGGCCCUACAGUGGUUUGGGGGAAAUCAUCUACAGAGAGAGUGUUCCAAUGCACACGUUUGCCAAGUAUCUCUUCACCUCCCUCCUACCUCAUGAUGCCGAACUGGCAUAUAAAAUUGCACUGAGAGCAAUGCGAUUACCAGUGUUGGAAUCCACCGCUCCUUCCGGUGACAUGUCCCGGCCUCACCAUAUAGUAUCCGUUGUUCCUAACCGCUACCCACGAUGGUUCACCCUCAGCCACAUCGAGUCCCAACAGUGUGAGCUGGCCUCCACCAUGCUCACUGCAGCCAAAGGUGAUGCUCGAAAGUUGGAAACAGUAUUAGAGUCCAUCCAGAAGAACAUACACUCGUCCUCUCAUAUCUUUAAACUAGCGCAGGAUGCCUUUAAAAUAGCCACACUCAUGGACAGCCUGCCUGACAUCACUCUGCUGAAAGUGUCCCUGGAGCUGGGCCUUCAGGUUAUGCGAAUGACGCUUUCAACACUGAACUGGCGAAGACGAGAGAUGGUACGAUGGUUAGUCACUUGUGCCACAGAAGUGGGAGUCUACGCACUGGACAGCAUCAUGCAGAGCUGGUUUACCCUCUUCACACCCACAGAGGCCACCAGCAUCGUGGCUACCACAGUCAUGUCAAACAGCACCAUCGUCCGGCUGCACCUGGACUGCCACCAGCAGGAGAACCUGGCCAACAGUGCGCGGACAUUGGCGCUGCAGUGUGCAAUGAAGGACCCACAGAACUGCGCCCUGUCAGCCCUCACACUCUGCGAGAAGGACCACAUCGCCUUCGAGACGGCCUACCAGAUCGUGCUGGAUGCCGCCACCACGGGCAUGAGCUACACGCAGCUGUUCACCAUCGCACGCUACAUGGAGCACCGUGGCUACCCCAUGCGGGCCUACAAACUGGCCACCCUGGCCAUGGCCCACCUCAACCUCAGCUACAACCAGGACACGCACCCAGCUAUCAACGACGUGCUUUGGGCGUGCGCGCUCAGCCACUCGCUGGGCAAGAACGAGCUGGCCGCCAUCAUCCCCCUAGUGGUCAAAAGCGUGAAGUGUGCCACCGUGCUGUCGGACAUUUUGCGGCGGUGCACGCUGACCACGCCUGGCAUGGUGGCACUCCACAGCCGCAGAAACUCUGGGAAGUUGAUGUCAUUGGACAAAGCCCCGCUAAGACAGCUCCUGGAUGCCACAAUUGGGGCGUACAUCAACACCACACACUCACGGCUAACUCACAUCAGCCCGCGCCACUACAGCGAGUUCAUCGAGUUUCUGAGCAAAGCCCGAGAGACGUUCCUCAUGGCGCACGACGGACACAUCCAAUUCACACAGUUCAUAGACAACCUAAAACAGAUAUACAAAGGCAAAAAGAAACUGAUGAUGCUUGUGCGAGAGAGGUUCGGUUAAGCCGUAAAUCUCCUUCUUUUCUCCUUUUACUUGAGUCUGCCUUUGUAUCCUUUCUAAAUUAAAGCAACGAGGAAAAAAAAUAGGGGAAAAAAACAGAAAAUGAAACAACAAAAAAAACAGUAAGAGCCACACCGGUAUUAUGUGUAUAGACUUAUUUAGUUCGCGAAAAAGGAAAAAAAAAUUGUCAUGUCGUGGAAGUUUUAUGUGUUUCCCUUUAUUUGUAUGGAAGUGCGUGAGAGCGAUAAGAGGGGAAAAAAGAAAAAAAAAUUAUUUUUUUUUGGUUUACACUGAGUAUAUGUUGUCCAGUGGCAAAAGCCCACAUAGCACUCCAGAUAUCUCUGUCAACAUUCACAGCCUCAAAGAGAAGAAAAAUGGCUUUAAACCAAACAGAGCACCUCCAUCCUAAGUGACAAGUACCUCGUAUGGCUCCAGCUUUACUCCUUCCUAAUCCAUUCACACAUUAUCAGUGUACUAAAGAAGUGUUGGAUACGAAGAAAAACAACUAAAAACCAGUUUGGGACAUGUAGUAAUUUUUUUUUCUUUUUCCUUUCUCUUCUGUUUGUACCAGGCUAAUCACGUGGCUUUGCAGUGCUGUUCAUCCAGAAGCAUGUCACAUAUUACACAGAUGCUCACAGAUACACCUAGAAAAAAAAAACCCGUUGUGCUUGCGCUUGUGGAAACUUUAGCGACUGUCGACAUACAUUCUCAGGGAUUUCUCAAGAAAAAAAAGGAAAAAAAAAAAAGAAAAUGAUCAUGAAAAAAAGAAUGAGAGCAUUUUAUUGUACUGUAUAUAUGAUAGUAUAUGUCUGAAUAUUGAAAAAAAUGUAUACGUUAACUAAUUUAUAAAAGAAUAUUCUAUGUAAUGCAAAAUACUUGAAGCUGCAGUACCUUGGUUUAAAAAAAAAAACAUAUCAGAGGGACUAAAAGUGCGCCUUGCUUCAGGGGGCUGGAAUUGGACAGUGGACUUUUGUACGCUGGGUACCUAUGCAGAGUCACCUUAUCCGACUGCAUGAUCCAACUGCUAUAUUGGGGUAAAAAAAAAAAAAUACACGAACGGGGGUUUGUGUUUUGUACGUAUAUACAAAAUGUAUGUAUCCAGUGUACACCCAACUGUACAGGGCACCAGUGAAUAUAGAGCAGCGGAAAAAACAGUAGUAUCCAGUUGCCGCCCUACAGACCAAACCAUCGGCUAGCAAAGCCUCAGUUUGGCCAGAAAAAGACCCAGCUGGUGUGAAUUUUAGCCAAUUAGCUAUUUAACUAAAGUGUUGGUGAGGUAUCUCAUUAACAUUGGGUAAAAUGGAUAAGGUUAGGGCUAUGGUUAGUUACUUACCCAACUAUGUUAGCUACAAAAUGAAAGGCUAAGGUUAGCGACACUCUCCCCACCACGUUAGCUAGCUAGCUAACACAGAGAAAGGGUGAUUUUAAGUUAUUCAACUUUAUAACUGUGUUCCUGGAGCAAACCUAAUCUGAAAUACUCUAUUAGUGCUAACAUACUUUUACCUAACAGUGUUGUGAACUACCUCACCAGCACUUUAGCUAGGUAGCUAACUCUGGUGUUGAUUAAAGUGUUGGUGAGGUAAUUCACAUUAAUGCUGAGUAAAAUGGAUAAGAUUAGGGCUAUGGUUAGUUACUUCCCUAACCAGGUUAGCUACUGUAAAUUCUUUCCUCAAAAUGAAAGGUUUAGGAUGAAAAGCUAAGGUUAGCGACACUCUCCCAACCACACUAGCUAGCUAGCUAACACAGAAAGAGUGAUUUUAAGUUAUUCAGCUUUAUGUAACUGUGUUCCUGGAGCAAACCUCCUCUGAAAUAGUUUUUAGUGCCAACAUACUUUUACCUAACUGUGUUGUGAACUACCUCACCAGCACUUCAGCUAGCUAGCUAACUCUGGGGUUGAUUAAAGUGAUGGUGAGGUAAUUCACAUUAACACAGUAAAAUAGGUACUGUUAUGGCUAUGGUUAGUUACUUCCUUCACUUAGCUGCUGUAAAUUGUUCCCUCAAAAUGAAAGGUUUAGGAUAAAAGAUAAGGGUAGCCACACUCUCCCAACCAUGUUAGCAAGCUAGCCAUAGAAAGUGGCUAGCUUACUACGGAGUACCUUCUCUGAAACAGUUUAUUAGCAUUAACAAAUGUUUGCCAGCACUUCACCUUGCUAGCUACCUUGAGUAGCUCGCUAGCUAAUGGGCUAAUUUCUACCCAAGCCGAGCAUUUGCCCAGCCAGGGGCUUCGUCUGCAGGGCAGCAGCUAGAUGUCACUCCGAAAAACCAGAGCAGCAAGCCUUAGCAUUAAGAGAUAGGGGAAUGCAACAAAUCGCAGGCCCGUGUGCCUCAAAAGCGCCUAGAAAUGUAGAUUCAAGCAGAAACCGAAACUUUUAGUAAAUUAACGUUCCGAGCAAACACACACACUCGCGUGCGCAGUAAUAUCGGCCUGACCACAUUCACGUCUCUUUCCACGACGAUUGAGUCACGAAGAAGCUCCAUUUGUAUUUGUUUUUUAUGCACAAUAACACACGCCUAUUCUGCUGACAUCUUGACUUUGUGCAGGACAGAAAGUUGCUGUGUAGGUCUGACUGUUCGACAUUUUUUUAACGCUUUCCUUUUUUUACGUUUUUUU